AUGACUCCUUUGGGAAAUCCUUCAUCUAAUGGAUUCUUGCAAGAUUUUCACCAUAUUGAUCAGUUUUACUUCAAUGUGACCUCAUUCAAUAAUCCAAUAAUGCAUACCCCAAAGUUUGAAGCUUUUGACAAAUGCAACUUUACAGGUUCAUCAUCUGAUUUUGAUGUAUACGAGUGCAAGCCUUUUGUGGAGAAUAGCGUUAGCAAGCAUACUCAUGUUAUGGACAAUUUCCUUUAUGGAAAUCAUAACUUGUUCCUCUCUCAAAGGAAUAUUGAACCCGAUAUGAUGGUUGCAAAUCAAAUCUUUCUUCCUUUGAGUCCUCAAGAAAUCAAGCCCUCCGAUUUUGUUGCACCAGAUGAAGUUUCAUGCAUAUCCCCGGUGGAUAAUUACAAAAGAAUUGGCGUGAACAAAAAUAAUAAACCCUAUCCAACCACUAGAAGAACAUGCAAAGUUCGCAAGAAGUCCAACAUAGUAAAGGGGCAGUGGACACUAGAAGAAGAUGGGUUAUUGAUUCAACUGGUGGAACAAUACGGGUUGAGGAAGUGGUCUCAUAUUGCAAAGAUGUUGCCUGGGAGAAUUGGAAAACAGUGCAGAGAGAGGUGGCAUAACCACCUAAGGCCUGACAUUAAGAAGGACACAUGGAAUGGUGAAGAGGAUAAAAUACUGAUCGAAGCUCAUUCUAAGAUAGGAAAUAAAUGGGCAGAGAUUGCCAAAAGGUUGCCAGGAAGAACUGAAAACUCGAUCAAAAACCACUGGAAUGCAACCAAGAGAAGGCAAUAUUCCAAAAGAAAGUGUCGAUCAAAGUACCCUAGAUGCACUCUUCUACAAGAGUAUAUCAAGAGCUUGAACUUAGACAAGAACCCCCCUAGAGAUUAUAGGAGAAAAUCUUCUGCUAAUUAUGCUACUUCCAUGAGUACCAAACCCAGCACAAGCAAAGCCACUGCACCAGCUUUGACCCAGACAGCUUUUCAAUUUUGUGCCACUGAAUGUUUGGCAUCAAAUUAUGAUUUCAAUGCGGUCCCAGAUUUCUUCUUUGGUGAGAAUUUGUUUGAAGAUGGGUGCUGUAUCGAUUCUCUUCUAGAUGGUGUGUCUUGUUCUCCUCUAAAAUUUGAAGGAAAUUGGCAAUAUGAUCCUAUUAUGGAGGGAAUAAAGCCUUAUGAUCAUGGAGCAAUGGAGUGUGUUCCUGAUGUUAAUAUCCAUGAGAAUCAUGUUGAGACAGAGAUGCCACUAGAGAUGGUGGAGGUUGAAGUUAAGAAGGAGCUUGAUUUGGUUGAGAUGAUGUAUCAGAUUAAUUAA